AUGCCGAUCGCCGCAAACGCUGCUGCUCUGCCGGAAGGAGAGACGGUGCUAGCAGCAGCUGCUGCUAAUAUACUCUGUAUCGGCGUGCUCAAGCCAAAACAAUCAAAUCCAAAUAAGCUGGAAAAGUGCCCUUUCUCGUUUCGCUGCGUGGAUGCUAGGGCGGCGCAAGUCCAUAGGGCCCCCUGGGCAGUAGGAUGCAGCAAAGAACUCUUCCGAGGUGUCUGCACGAGUUUUAUUUUGGUGCUCAUUGUUAACGAAAAACUGCUGCCCUUGGACUAUGCUGCUACUGCCACCUCGGGUAUCCCCGCCGCUUUUCUACCGUGGCCUCUAGCUACCAGGGGUUGUACAGCUGCAGCAGCUGCUGCUGCGACCGUUGCUGCUGCUUCUGCUGCUGCUGCUUCAGGCUUGGCCAUGGCCGUUACACUGUUGCUCGGGGCCUUGUACAGCCCAUUGUUCGCGUUCUCGCUGGCAUCCUUGCUUUCCGCCGUGGGACCAAGCCUUGCGUAUUUCAUGUUCAAGGCUUCCGGCCGACCCCUUGUGGUUCGCUUCUUCCCCAAUCAGCUGCAGCGGAUGCGCCGCCUUAUCCACCCCAAGCAGAGUAGUGGUAACCGUGGCCGCCAUCGUAGCCCCCUUCCGAUAGAGCAUAAAGAAAUUGCAUGCAAGACUGGUGCAAGUGCCACGCACCAGAAGCAAUCAAAGACUUGGGAGACGCAGCUGGAUUUGAUGCUAACGAUUCUGUUCCUGCGGGUCUCACCCUUCCCGAAUUUGGUUAUCAAUGCGGCCUCGCCUGUCUUGGACGUUCCGUUUGGGCCCUUCUUCGUCGCCACUUGGCUGGGCUUGAUGCCUAAUUCAGCGCUUUUCGUCUCCAUGGGCUCUGCCUUGGGAAGCCUGGACUCCCUCAGCUCUGGUGAGGCUGCUGCAGCGCCAGCCGGUCGUAGCAUGAGCAUUUAA